AUGUUUCUUGUACUUAAUGAACUCAAGAAUGUAGGUGAAGACAGACUCGCAAACUUCAACGCUUUGAAAUCAAUUAUUACGGAUAAUGAGAUUAGAAUUAAUGAAAAGAAUCAACCCAGAAGAACAGCUCAGAAUGUUGCCAAUUUCAUUUUCGUAACUAACAACGUCUACCCUGUCAAAAUUGAAGUUGGAGACAGAAGAUAUGUAGUUUUAAGGGUUAAUGGUAAAUUCAAGGGUCAAUUUGAUUACUUCAAGAAUUUAAUGGAUUCAUGCACAAAGGAAUUUUAUGAUAAUUUACUAACAUAUUUUAUGCAAUAUGACCUUUCAUCAUUUAAUGUACGAAUCAUACCGAUGACUGAAGCCAAACAAGAUUUAAUUGAAUUAUCAACAAAUCCUUUAGAUGUAUGGAUAAAUACACAUUAUGAUGAAUUGUGUGCAGGUAUGAUAUGUAAAAAUGCUCUAUUCUGCAAACCAUCAGACAUGAAAGACAAGAAUUUCCAAAUGAGCAUUAAGGAUAAAUGUGAUAGGAAACAGAGAAGAAUAGACGAUAAACAAACAUGGUGUUAUGUUUUGAAAGAAGAAAUGAAAGGAUUAUAUAAACAGGUUGAACCAAACGAUAAUGAGGAUUCAUUUACCGACGAUGAAAUACCUGUAAAUGAUGCUUUAUAA